CGUCAUAUUUUUAUGAUGACUUAAUAAUAAGGGAUAAUAUCACAUCUGACGACGAAGAAUAAACCAGCUGACUCAAUUCCUUACUUGUUAUUGGUACAGGAAGAAUAAAAAAACAAAACAGAAAACAACUUGCUUCAUCAUUAGGAUUAAAAGUUUGACAAGCUAUUCUUCUUUGAACUAUCAAGGAAGUACUACAAUAAACUAUUCAUUAAAGAAACCAAUAAAAUAAUUAUGCUUAAUAACUGACGUCGUAUUCAAUCUUCAUUUUUUUUUUCUCGUUCCUGAUGAAGAAAAAAAUUCAUUUUUUUUUUAUUUCUAUCUUUUAUUCUUCAAUAAAUAAAAUAUACACAUGUCAUUUAAUGAUUUAGAACAGGGCUUAGGAAUAUCUAACUCCACAAGAAAUAGAACUCAACAAGAUGAAAGCGACAGUGAUUAUAAAAUGUUAACACAAAGAGUAUCUCAACAGAUAUUUCAUAUUAAUGGAAAUAUUACAAGCAUUGAAAGACUUAUUGGAUUCUUGGGAACUUUAAAAGAUAAUCCUGAUAUCAGAAAUAAAUUACAUGACGUAACAGAAAGCACAAGAGAAUUAAUAAGAGACACAACAUCAGAUAUAAAGUUAUUAUCUCAACAACAAAUAUCGGAUCCAAAGAAAACACGUCAAAGAAAGCUUGAACAACAAAAGUUAUCUAAAGACUUUCAAAAGGUCUUGGCAGAAUUUCAAAAAAUCCAAAGAGAGUCUAUAUCUAAACAAAGAGAAUAUGUGGAUAAAAAGAAAGCAACGACUGCAGCACUUCAAUCUCAAAUGGAUGAUGAAGAACAAGAACAAGAACAAGCUGAUGAUACACAAAGACGUAUUCAAAUUGAAGCGUUAGAUAAUGAAAUUGAAUAUAACGAAACUUUAAUUGCUGAACGUGAAGGUGAAAUUCGAGAUAUUGAACAAGGAAUAACGGAAUUAAAUGAAGUAUUUCGUGAUCUUGGUAUGCUUGUUAAUGAGCAAGAAAGUGGUAUUCAGAGCAUUUAUGGCAAUGUGUUAAAUAUUGCACAAAAUACAAAACAGGCAACGGAAGAGUUAACAGUCGCAAAUCGUCAUCAAAAGAAAGCAAGAAAGAACAUGUGUUGUUUUAUGUUGAUUAUUACAAUUGUUGCUUGUGUAUUAGCUUUAAUUAUUGUAGUAGCAAAAUAAAAAUACCCUUUUUUUCUUAUUUAUAUUUUUAUACAACAAAUGAAAUUUAUUAUAAAAAGAAUAAAUCAAUCCUGUUAUAGUUCUGUA